AUGGCGGAAAAGACUGUGGACAAAGAUGCCUUUUUCAAGGCACUGGAACAGCUGGAUUGCUUGACGGAUGACUCGGAAAAUGAGGCUGAUAUUGAACUGUCCCAUAUUAUCAAACGAUCCAGAUACAGUGACAAGAUUAUCUCUUCGAAUUGUCGCAAAGAUACACCACCUUUCAAACUGCUACGUGCGACUUCAGCCCCUCAGUCUACUUCGGCCAGUGUCUCAGACUCAAGCACCCAUAGCAAGAUGCUUGCUCCCGGUAGCGAUGUCUUGCAGCCAGGGGUCAAAAGAUCUAACACUACCGGGACCUUGGCUGGACAUUCAGAAGCCGACAAGCAAUCUAAACGAAGACGGGUGAUCGCCCCUAGGACUGUUCCUGAAGAGCAGCAGAUCUUCAAGAACCUUGUGUUCUUCUUCUUUCCUAACAACGAUGUCUCGCCUCUUCGGCGCCUACGGAUCCAGCGUGCUCAGGAGUACGGUGCCAUCUGGGCGAAGACAUGGGAAGCUCAUGUCACUCAUGUGAUAGUUGACAAAGGUCUGAUGUUUCAAGAUGUCCUUAAACAUCUCAAACUCGAGGCUUUCCCGCCCAAUGUUGCUUUGCUUGAUGAAAGUUAUCCUUCCGAGUGUAUCAGAUUCAAAUCUGUGCUAAGUACAACUCUUGUUCGAUUCCGUGUCCGUGGAGCAUCUUGCCCUGAAGCUGAAGAGAUGAACCCCACAAACGAGACGCCUUCGACCGGUUCUUUACCCUUGAAACCAAGUCGGAAAAAACAGGCCACUCCUACCCCUUCUCAAGACUCGAGAGACCAAUGCAUUGUCAAUCCCGCUCCCGAACAGCCCGUCGAGGCGCUCUCGGAUGAAAUACAUCCAGAACAGCCUGUCCCGGAACCCUCUUCCCGCGAGCGCGAUGCCUUGGAUGACAUGGUCGAAGCAGCUAAAGCUGCAAAAGACUUGCCUUUGGACCCUCUGGAGGAAGACUCCGUCGAAGCGAAUGAUACGGAGGCCUCGGACGCGUCCGAUACAGAAUCGGUUGAGAAGAAAGAAAGCCACCUGUCUAAAGAGGACAAGAUGGUAGAGGCCUGGCAGCAGAAAUUCGCUUGCAUGCAGAAACAUGAUUCAAAUUCCAAGCUAGACAAUCCGAACUGUAAGACCAUCGAAGUCCUCCAGCAAAUGCUGGACUACUAUACAAGGACAUCGGAUCAGUGGCGCCCGCGCUUAGCAGACAAGAUCGAGGAGAUUGUGUUUACCAACCGGCUACGUCGCUUGGAAAACGCAAACAAUACGCCCGAAGAUCUCGUACUACAGGAAUUCUUGGGGGUCUACGGUGCCGGUAUAUCGCAGGCCUCCCGAUGGAUUGCUCAGGGCUACAGAUCGCUGGAUGAUCUCAAGACCAAAGCCUCAUUGACGAAAUCACAGCGGAUUGGAGUGGAACACUACCACGAUUUUGCCCAGCGAAUUCCGCGCCGUGAAGUCGAAGCCCACGGAGAAAUCGUCCGAAAGGCGGUCCAGAAGGCGGACCCUGGGAUGCAGGUCAUCAUCGGUGGUUCUUACCGGCGCGGGGCGUCUGACUCAGGUGACAUCGAUCUGCUAAUCACAAAAGGCGAUGCUACUAUUGAGCAGAUCACGGCGAUGAUGAUGGACACUGUGAUUCCUCGACUCUUUCAAGACGGAUUUCUUCAGGUCAGUCUCGCCAGUACUUCGCGAAGCGACGGAUCCAAAUGGCACGGAGCGUCUGUAUUGCCUGGCAGCAAAAUCUGGCGCCGCAUUGAUCUUCUAUUUGUACCUGGAUCUGAAAUAGGGGCCGCGCUGAUUUAUUUCACGGGGAAUGACAUAUUCAACCGGAGCAUGAGACUGCUGGCGAGCAAGAAGGGGAUGCGCCUGAACCAACGAGGCCUUUAUGCAGAUGUACUACGUGGAGAGCUACGAAAGAAGCUAAGCGAAGGCCGGCUGCUUGAUGGACGCGAUGAGAGACGAAUCUUUGAGAUUCUGGGGGUUCCAUGGCGACCUCCCGAGCAUCGCAUAUGCUGA